GGGGCAGCGGGAGGCAGCACCCCAGAGGGCACUGGGCAACGAGGGACGGGGAGGAAGAGAAGUCGAGAGUGAAGGGAAGGACAGAGGAAAGGUGUUCUGAAGGCCGAGGGAAGUGAGUCUCCGCCCGAGCGGAGUGCCCCCUGGGUCACAUGCCACUGCGAUGCCUCGAGGAACACCGAGAGCCUAAUGAGGGCAUUGGAUUUGGCUGCGAGCGGUGUCUUCCUGAGCUCCAGCUGCUCUUUUUCCCGGAGAAGAUCCAUGAGACACUCCUCAGGUUGCUGCUGCGGAGCAGAGGAUGUGGAGGCACCUACUGAACAGCAUGUUUCUGGCAGAGUGUCACAGGCAAAGAACCCCAAUGGAGCUGUGUCCUCCCAGAAGAGCCACCCCUGUGAGUGUUGUGGGCCAGUCCUGAGAGACAUUUUCCACUUGGUUGAGCAGCAGGGAACACAAUACAGCCUGAAACUAUUGAGGUGUGGGGCAUGUGCAAAGCAGUUUUAUUUCAGCAAGAAAGCCAUUGGCUGCAACCAGACGCUUGCUCAGGACCAUGGUGUCUGUAAUGGAAUACAGUGUUUUGUGUGCCGUGAAUGUGAAAAAUCUUUUACAAAUAUCUCUGUUUUCCGUCAUCAUCAGAAAUUGCACACAGGAGAAAGACCAUACGAGUGCAGUGAAUGUGGGAAAUGCUUUAAACAACACUCCAACCUUAUUCGACACCAGCGAGUUCAUUCUAAAGAAAAGUCUCAUGAGUGUGGCGAAUGUGGGAAAUUCUUUAGCCAAAGGGCAGUCCUCCUGAAACACCAGAGAGUUCACACUGGAGAAAAGCCAUAUGAAUGUGUUGACUGUGGGAAAUCCUUUAGCCAAAGUUCAAGCCUCGUUCAACACCAGAGAAUUCACACUGGAGAAAAACCAUAUGAGUGUGAUGAUUGUGGAAAAUAUUUUACCAGACUCUCUGGCCUUUAUCGUCAUCAGAGGCUUCACACUGGAGAAAGGCCUUAUAAGUGCAGUGAAUGUGGGAAAUCUUUUGUCAGGAACUAUCACUUGAGUGAUCAUCAGAAAUGUCACACUGGUGAAAAACCUUAUGAGUGCAGUCAGUGUGGGAAAUCUUUUACCAGUAGGAGUAGCCUCCGUUAUCAUCAGAAAUGUCACACUGGCGAAAAACCUUAAGAGUGCAGUCAGUGUGGGAAAUCUUUUGCCGGUAGGAGUAGCCUCCUUUAUCAUCAGAGAUUUCACACUGGAGAAAGGCCUUAUGAAUGCAGGUAAUGUGGGAAAUCGUUUACCUGUAGCAAUAGCCUCCUUUAUCAUCAGAGAUUUCACACUGGAGAAAGGCCUUAUGAAUGCAGGUAAUGUGGGAAAUCGUUUACCUGUAGCAAUAGCCUCCUUUGUCAUCAGAGAUUUCACACCAGAGAAAGGCCUUAUGAAUGCAGCGAAUGUGGGAAAUUGUUUGCCCUCAACAAUCACUUGCAUCAUCAUCAGAGAGUUCACACAAGAAAGGCCUCAGGAUUGCAGUGAAUGUGGGAAAUAUUUUGCCAGAAACAGUCACUUCGGUUGUCAUCAGAGUGUUCACAGGGUAUGCCAAUACUUUUGAAGGGAAUAACUUUCAAAGAUCUUGCAAAGGGCCAUGUGUCCUAAUGCCUGCAAUUCCAUGGGUGAUGGUCACUUGGGUGUAGGACAAUAGGGUUUAGGGGAAAGCAUAAUUGCUACAGAAUUACUGGCCUAAUAGGGAUUGUGCAUAAUUCUCAAAAUGGAGAUAGGUUUCAUUUAUCUUCAUCAAUAACUCAUAAUGCAAUGUCCAAGUCAGAGGAGAGGUGAAUGUUUGUAACUUUGUCAUGCUAUAUCACUGUUGUUCAAUUGCAUUAUGGUGAGCCUUUUUUUCCGAUGUGCAUUUGCUAUCUCUAUAUUUGGUUAAAUAUCUGAGCAUAUGUUUUGCCAAAUCUAUGAAUUUUGGCAAUUUUCUUUAACAAAUGGACAGUGAAACAACAAAAAUGCAGGUUAGAAUUUCACUCAUUUUGUGUCUUUUUUGCUUGAUAGGAUAAACGUUUUUCAUAUUGGGAAAAAAAUAAAAUCAACAAUUGACAAAAAAAAAAGAAAAUACAUUUAUAUGCACACAAUAUGAAUGAAACAUAAUUUUGAAUUCGGAGACCCUUAGAAUUAAGAAUCAACCCUCCAUAUGGAUGCACCCAUAUAUACUGACUCUCUUCUUGCUGUUUUUCCACUCUUUCGGGUCUUAAGAGCCCUAGACAUGUGUGACAUAACAUUUGAGGAGGGCAGGAACAAAGAAGGCAUGACAAGAGAUCUAUUCUUCCUCUCCCAAGUUGAAAUGCCAAACAUGAUUGUCCAUAGAAGUAUGCAUGUAUUCGUUGAUCAUGUUCUAGGUCAGCUAUUUUCAACUUUUUUCAUCUCAUGGCACACAAACUAUUUACUAAAAUUCUGUGGCACACCAAAAAAAUAUAUUUUGCCGAUCUGACAAAAAAUUAGGCAUAAUUGCUCAGCCCGUCUGGCUUAGUGGUUGAGCAUCAGCCUAUGAACCAGGAGGUCACUAGUUUGAUUCAUGGUCAGGGCACAUGCCCAGGUUGUGGGCUUGAUCCCCAGUGAGGGGUGUGCAGGAGGUAUCCAGUCAAUUAUUCUCUGUCCUCAUUGAUGUUUCUAUCUCUCCCUUUCCUUUCUUCUCUACAAUCAAUAAAAAUAUUUUUUU